GCUCAAGAUUGGACAUCAAAACGACAUGAUGUGUCCACACCCCGGUUCAGUAACCUCCACAACCAGCUCGUUAUAGCCUGGAAUCAUAGGGACAGCCCCCGACCCGACAAACCGCUUUUCAGACCAUACGCAUGGCGCACGCAAAGCAUGCAGCGAAAUUUUUCUACACCCAGUUGAGCGGUCGACGAGUCUAGUAGAACUGAUUCUAAUGAAUAGAUAAGGUGCUCUCGUGCAUAAUCAUGAUUAUCCUUCGACGUAGUUAUCACCAUGCGUAUAGUAAAAGCUACCGCGUCAAUCGCCAUUGGAGCUUCUUCAUUAGCAAAGAGCUUGCUUUCUCAAAUGCCUUAGCAGUUUUUUGAGAUAUGUGAGAGACGAAUUGAUUGAUGUUCUAGUUGAUGUUUCGGAAGGCUGAAGUUCUGCGUAGCUCUAGUUGUAAGACAGUUCUAGUUGUAGGGAUUUGACUAGUUGUAAGACAGUUCUUGUCGGUAAUCUAGGAGGAUUAAUACUUGAGACGCGAAUGAAUGUACACUACUGAAGAAAGGCGCAAAAAUUUCAAAUUCUAUUCUCCUCUUGCGUUGUUUUUGACUCUUGCCCUUUUUUUCCUUGGUAUCGGCUUCUUCCGACUAUCUUGUCAUAAAAGAUUCAUCCUGAAGACGAAAUAAUGACGGCCAAGCGUUUCGUUUUGUCUUCGCAUUAGGUGCUUUGUCUACGCCUGGUGCAGCUAGGAAAGAGGCAGUCUCUGUCUACCUCGCAACGGGACAAGGGAGCAUCUCUAUGGGGAGCAUCUCUAUGUCGCGGAGUCGGUUUCGGGUGCGGCGGGGACUCGUUUUGCUUUGGAUGAUACGAGUUAUUUCGACGUCCUAGCGUUUGAUAGACAAGUGGUCUGGAUCCGCCUGACGCUUUGUCGAAAACCUUGCAAUUGGACAAGAUGUGGAUGGUUCGACCUCGUGUGAUCUGGGUCACCUGCAAGUGGCUUUCCGGUUCCUAUUGCGUCUGGAUCGGCUUGCAGGUGUACGUCGGCGGUCGCGCAGUAAUCGAGGAGAUCACACUCCGGACGACCGAGGUAGCGACGCAGUUCUCGACGUUUGGAGCCAAGCAGUACCAUGCCAUGCUGGCCUUUUACCAGCUCUCACAAGCAUUGCUGAAGCUGCUGGCGCCGUUCUUUUUCGAUCUUUUUUUCGUGCUGAAAACAGCCUGGGGAAGACUCCCGCACGAGUUUCAGAUCGCGACCCUCGGCGCCAGUGCGGUCGCCUACUGCCUCUACAGCUUUCGCUGGGCACGGCACGUCGCGUUUCUGCCUAGUGCGGCUGGAAUAUGGUACUUGCACGGAAACCUCCGUGUUGUAAGCUCCUUUUUAAAGAUUGAAAACAAAGUACUAUAGAUACUCGGUUUAAAACUAAUUUGAGAUUGUGUUCAGCAUGAUUUUCAUGUAAGAUCCAAAGUACCUUUUCCGAAUAAGAAUAAAAACCGAGGCCCUUGGUCUAAAACUGAUAUAGAUACAUAGAUGAUUUCAGAAUUUGGUAGUAGGUGCAAGUGGUAGUACAGGCUUUCUUUUGAUGCCAAUUCUUCUGUGCUGUUUUUCAUCCGAAGAAUGUUCAAUGUUACCGAAUAUUUGUACAACAGGUUAUUAUCCGAGCAGCUAGAGGUACCGGAGGAGUUGUACGUUUAUUACUUCCUGCCCGUCCUAUCACAAGUGAUUCCGGUUUUGUCGUCGCUCUCCGCCUUUGCGACUAGGCGGAACUCGCCUUGCCGCCAAUGGUUGCACUACUGGGCGUUGUCGCCCCUUACUGUUUACGCCGUAGCAGCCUGGCGCGAGAGAAGCAUAGAGGGUCUUGGAGCUGCUGGUGGCGCCUUUCGAUCCGCAACAUCAAGUGGGGUCGGUUUUUCCGCUGGAAUGGGGGUUGGAGAUACUACCACAACUUCUAGCACUAGUGUUUUAUACCAGGCAUGGCAUGGGCGGCCUUUGUCUUUGUUUCUGGUGUACCUCGUCUUUUGGCAUGGAGCGGACAUCGUCUUUCAUUUCCUCUACGAAGUCCUCAUAAACCGCAUCGCGACAGCAGCAUUACGGAACGAGUUUCUCCAAAAAUUACUGAGAACAUUGUCGGAUGUAGCACUUUGGGUACUGCCAGCUUCCAUUGCUCCACGUAGAAAACCACAAGAAAGUUCUUCUGCCAUUGUUGGUGACCAUGGAACAGGAGGUUCUAGUACAUCGAGUGGACGAGCAGGUGAAAAUGGGGGUAGUCCCGAAAGAGCAUCAUCUUUUUUGGCGUCGCUCUUUGGGGGUGGCAUGCGGCAGUCUUGGCGCAUGUUUGAGAUAGCCACGAACGCUGCAGGUGCGGGGAAGUCGAUUCAAAGCGAAGUUCUUGCUGCAGUAGAGGAAGAGAAGCGCGCAGUGGAAAACGCGUCAUCCUCUAGUAAGAGUACAACAACUGGUGCUUGUGCUGAAGGUUCAUUUGGGGAUUCAUCGUCGUCAUCAGCGUCUAGCACAGGAGGAAGCACACUCAAAUCAGACACAUCUUCAGCAGCGUCAGGGAGUACUACUGACGGCAAUAAAACUAGUAGUAGUUCUGAGCCGGAAACGGUUCUCAGAUUAGUCUGGCGAGUCGCGGUGCGGUUGGCUUCCCAGAAUAGUAAGACGCUCUUGUAUGCCAGCAGUGCGAUCGUUGCCGUGGUAGCAGCCGCCUACUACGUCUACCGGUUCCUCAGCUUCGUGUCGAAGGCGGUCGUCUGGGCAUGGUUUUUCUUCGAGCUGACCAACGAACAGGCAAUAGCGAGACCAAGGAAGAAGCUGGCCACAGCGCUCUUGUUUUUGUCCGCGCAAAAGCUGUUUUCCCAACGGUGGUUUCUGAUACCCGACUUCCUCCUAGAUCUCUUCCGCAUUCCUUUGCUCCUCGUCUUCAACAUGUUUGGUACUAUAGUACCCUCUUUUUCUUGUGAUCUCAUUGUUUAAAGCUUUUAAGUAAUCAUCAGGAUGCUACUGUUGUUUCUCAAUUUUUUUUCUCUUAGUCAUUGAUCCGUGCUGUCUGAUUGAAUCCGAUGAAUUUGCUAUGCGUCUCAGAAGCUGCAAUUCCUAUUUUUACUGGUCAUUUCACGACACUACUCAUCCUCGAAAUUUUCAGGUGAAAUCAUUCUCGACAAGUUGCUGAUGACAAGUUUCGGCGACAGUGGUACCCCCACACCCAGGAAAGUGUUGUCAAAGAUUUUUCAAUCAGGGGUCGCCGGAUCUCGCGGAAGCACGAGCGAUUCUAGUCCUGACAUUUCUCCUCGCGGCGAGCACGGCGACCCUGUGAGAGGGGAAUUAGAUAUAGAUGGUGAAAAUGCCAGUCGUGCUAGACAAGAUGAUGAGACUAAAGCAGAGGCGCAUGAGGGUGAUGACGGGAAUGCGGGAGAAGAAUUUGAGAUGGUGGGCUAAUAGAAAUGCCCAACGCGCGACUGGCCUGAUUAAUUUCCAAGAAUUGUUUUUCAUCAAAUCUUUGCUGUAUUGUAAUACCACAAACUAAAACUUCUCAUUCCAUAACACGAAUUGUAUCAAACAAGUACAACAUUGUAAACUGCUUCCUGAGCAGUUGUACUGGUUCUCUUCGUCUAUAGUGAUUCUUUAACGCCAGUAAAAUCGGAUGGUGUGGAAGGAAAAGACUCAAUGGGUUAUAUGACUCGUGGAGUCCGGGAAAAACGCAAGAUUGGAAUGCGGCGUCAAAACGUUUGCAUACAUGGAG